ACAAAUUGUAAUUUUCGCCAAUGGAAUUGGUACAUUAUUCCACCGAUAAGAAAAGAAACACAAUCAUGAUAAAAUAAUUGAGAGAGAUUAAAAUAAAAUAAGAUUCUGACUAAUCAUUGUUUUCCAGCUUUUCGUUUCUCCACUCUCCUGUAUUCACCUUCUCUUGGGGACCUUCAAUCUCAGUUAGUUGGCCUAAAAAUGCGAUAAAAUUAGCCUAGCCAAUAGUAAACAACCAGAAGAGCAAAUGGAAAUUCCUCAACUUUUCUUCCUCUUCUAUUACAUUGGUUUCUCUCUUGUCCCUUUUGUUUAUUCUGAAACAUUUCCAGGUUAUGAUGAACAAGAGAUCUUGUUGGCCAUCAAGUCAGACCUGUUUGAUCCUUCAAAUAAUCUCAACGAUUGGAAGAGGCCUGAAAAUGCCACAGCAUUUACUGCAUCCGUUCAUUGUAACUGGACCGGAGUUCACUGCGAUUCAAAUGGCGCCGUGGCUAAGCUUCUUCUCCCUAACAUGAAUCUCAGCGGAAACAUCUCAGAUCAGAUUCAGAGCUUCCCUUCUCUGCAAGUCCUUGAUCUCAGCAACAACGCAUUUGAGUCUUCUCUUCCUCAGUCUCUUUCUAAUCUCACUUCUCUGAAGGUCUUCGACGUGAGUGUUAACAGCUUCUUUGGAACCUUUCCAUACGGUUUAGGAAUGGCCACUGGUCUUACACACGUCAAUGCCUCGAGCAACAAUUUUUCUGGGUUUCUCCCUGAAGAUCUCGGCAACGCAACUACACUUGAGGUUUUGGACUUUCGUGGAGGUUACUUUGAAGGCUCGGUGCCUUCUUCUUACAAGAAUCUUAAGAAUCUUAAGUUUCUCGGUCUGUCGGGAAAUAACUUUGGCGGAAAGCUACCGAAAGUGAUUGGUGAGCUCUCUUCCUUGGAGACCAUCAUUCUUGGUUACAAUGGCUUCACAGGCGAGAUUCCAGAAGAGUUUGGGAAGCUGACGCGGCUUCAGUACCUCGAUUUGGCUGUCGGGAACCUUACGGGCCAGAUUCCAUCUUCUUUGGGGCAGCUGAAACAGCUUACAACAGUUUAUCUCUACCAGAACUGCCUCACAGGGAAGAUUCCUCGAGAAGUCGGUAAUAUGACUUCUCUUGUGUUUCUUGAUGUGUCUGAUAACCAGAUUACAGGAGAAAUACCUACGGAAGUAGCUGAGUUGAAGAAUCUGCAGCUUCUGAAUUUGAUGAGGAAUCAGCUCACGGGAAUCAUUCCAUCAAAGAUUGCUGAUUUACCAAAUCUCGAGGUUCUUGAGCUGUGGCAAAACUCUCUGAUGGGUUCCUUACCGGUACAUUUGGGCAAGAGUUCGCCAUUGCAAUGGUUAGAUGUCUCAUCAAACAAGCUAACAGGCGAAAUCCCAUCGGGAUUGUGCUAUUCCAGAAGCCUCACAAAGCUCAUUCUCUUCAACAAUUCAUUCUCAGGUCAGAUUCCAGAGGAAAUCUUCUCAUGCCCGACUUUAGUUCGUGUACGAAUCCAGAAAAAUCUCAUUUCCGGAACAAUACCAGCCGGUUCAGGUGACUUACCAAUGCUUCAACAUCUAGAACUAGCAAAAAACAACCUCACUGGUCAAGUUCCAGAUGAUAUAGCAUUAUCUACCUCACUCUCAUUCAUAGACUUAUCCUUUAAUCAUCUUUCAUCCCUACCUUCAGCCAUUUUCUCAAGUCCUAAUCUCCAAACCUUCAUCGCCUCACAUAACAGCUUUGCUGGAAAAAUACCUAACCAGAUUCAGGAUCGUCCAUCUUUGUCUGUCCUGGAUAUUUCCUUCAACCAUUUCUCAGGUGAGAUCCCAGAAAGGAUUGCUUCCUUUGAAAAACUUGUGAGUCUAAAUCUUAAGAGCAACCAACUGGUUGGAGAAAUACCCGAGGCGUUAGCUGGGAUGCACAUGUUAGCUGUUCUUGACCUCUCAAACAAUUCUCUAACGGGGAAUAUACCACAGAGCUUGGGAGCUUCUCCAACACUGGAGAUGCUAAACGUGUCAUUCAACAAACUCACAGGACCCGUUCCUUCAUAUGGGCUGUUUGCAGGCAUAAACCCAAACGAUCUCGUGGGAAACGAUGGCUUAUGUGGUGGAGUUCUACCUCCUUGUCCUAAGAGCCUGGCUUUGUCAGCAAGAGGGGGGAAUAAAGGGAGAAUUCACGUGAAUCACGCAAUCUUUGGGUUUAUUGUUGGAACUGCGGUCAUCUUGUCUCUGGGGAUGAUGUUUUUAGCAGGGAGGUGGGUAUACAGAAGAUGGGAUCUUUACAGCAACUUUGCCAGAGAGUAUUUGUUCUGCAAGCAGCCUCAGGAGGAGUGGCCAUGGAGACUCGUAUCGUUCCAGAGACUGUGUUUCACAGCAGGAGACAUCUUAUCACACAUCAAAGAAUCAAACAUCAUUGGAAUGGGAGCCAUGGGGAUUGUUUACAAAGCAGAAGUCAUGAGACGGCCCUUACUCACAGUAGCAGUGAAAAAACUCUGGAGAUCAUCAUCACCACAGAGUGAUAUCGAAGAUCAUCAUCAUCAUCAAGAAGAAGAAGAAGAGGACAUACUUAGAGAAGUGAACCUGCUAGGUGGUAUCCGACAUAGAAACAUUGUGAAGAUUCUUGGUUACAUUCACAAUGAAAGAGAAGUGAUGAUGGUGUACGAGUACAUGCCCAACGGGAACUUGGGCACUGCUUUGCAUUCCAAAGAUGAGAAAUUCUUACUCAGAGAUUGGGUCUCGCGAUACAAUGUCGCCGUCGGAGUCGUUCAAGGGCUCAAUUACUUGCACAACGAUUGCUACCCGCCGAUCAUUCACAGGGACAUCAAAUCUAAUAACAUACUCCUCGACUCAAACCUCGAGGCGAGGAUAGCGGAUUUCGGAUUGGCGAAGAUGAUGAUCCACAAGAACGAGACGGUUUCCAUGGUGGCCGGAUCUUAUGGGUACAUAGCACCGGAGUAUGGAUACACACUGAAGAUCGACGAGAAGAGCGAUAUAUACAGUUUAGGGGUGGUGCUUCUGGAAUUGGUGACUGGGAAAAUGCCGAUAGAUUCUUCGUUUGAGGAAUCGAUUGACGUCGUCGAGUGGAUCCGGAUUAAGAUGAAGAAGAACGAGAGCUUGGAAGAAGUGCUUGACACGAGCAUCGCCGGGGAGUGUAGACACGUUAUCGAAGAGAUGCUUCUGGCACUACGAAUCGCUCUUCUAUGCACUGCGAAGCUCCCAAAAGAUAGACCAUCGAUAAGGGACGUCAUCACGAUGCUCGCGGAGGCGAAACCACGCCGGAAAAGUGUGUGCAGUUCCGCCGGAGACAUGCCGAUUUUCAGAAACUCGCCGGUGGUAGGAUUGAUUUAGAAGGUCGGAGGACGUAAGGGUAUUUUUGUCAUUCCUGGGACCUUUGGGAGUUUGGAGAGAAGAAGUU